UGCCGCGGACGCGCGUGGUGGCUGGUCGCGGGUGUCUGGCGUACGAGAGUGGCCGGCGUCGCGGUCGCGUGCUCUGUGUGUGCCCGCAGGAGGACGGUUGCCGGCGCGCGGCACCUCUGCUUCCGGCCGACAGCGCCGUUGUCCAGAACGACUGCGGCGGCGCUCGAUCUGAAAAUUCUGUGUUAUUGUCAUCGUGGUUACUACUUGUGUAAUUUUCGAGUAGACAGUUGUUCGUAGUGGUGUCGUCGCGUAGCGGGUGCCGUAGUUGGUAAAUUAUUAAUCCCGUGGCUGCUCCAGGGGACGUAACGUGAGGGAAGCGUGGAAGGAGUCAGCGGCGUCGUUGAGAGUCGGUCCCGGUGUCGCAGAAGAGCGAGUUGCAUCGGUGAGGGUCUUGCGCUGCGCGACUGCGUUUCGCGUAGCCGAGAGCGGCAGAAGCAGAAGAAUAGGCUGGCCGGCGGGGGCGACGAGCCUAGGGCUAUUUCUGUUGGCCGUGUCGCGUCGCGCCAGCGUUGCCAGAAGCGUAGCGUCGGCGUCAGCGUCGGCGUCGGCGUCGGCGUGGCCCGCGGGAGAGCGUCAGGCGGACACAGCCGGUGACAGCCGCCGCCAUGCCGUCCAAGAAGCAGUACAACCUGGUGCAGAACGAUGACUACGACACCAGGAUACCGCUCCACUCCGAAGAGGCCUUCCAGCACGGCAUCACCUUCCAGGCAAAGUACAUUGGGACCAUGGAUGUACCGCGGCCCAAGAGCCGCGUGGAGAUCGUCGCCGCCAUGCGUAUGAUACGGUACGAGUUCAAGGCUAAAGGUGUGAAGAAAAAGAAAGUGACGCUUGAGAUAUCGGUGGAUGGAGUACGUGUGACACUUCGGAAAAAGAAAAAGAAAAAACAGUGGAUGGAUGAAAAUAACACCUUUCUAAUGCACCACCCUAUAUAUAGGAUAUUCUACGUCUCUCACGACUCGCAGGAUCUCAAGAUCUUCAGCUACAUUGCCCGGGAGGGUUCUAGCAACGUAUUUAAGUGCAAUGUCUUCAAGUCCAACAAGAAAAGCCAGGCGAUGCGCAUCGUGCGAACCGUGGGGCAGGCCUUCGAGGUGUGCCACAAGCUGUCGGCUGCGGCGGGCAACGCGGCCGACGACGACGACCAGGACCUCGCGGGCACCGCGUCCACGGCGGCCAUGGACGCGGCCGAGGCCACCACUGGAGUCACGGGGGUCGAGCGCAAAGACACGCUGUCGGAUCCCAUCAGCUGCGACACACUGGCAGGCACUGUGGCCGAGGACGAGGCGUCGAUACAGUCGGAGCCGGUGCACGCCACGGUGCCGACCUCGGCGUCGGGAGGCGGCGGGGGCGGCGGAGGCGGAGGUGGAGCCGCACCCAGACCGCUGCGACUCGACAUCCUGCCUCCGCCCCCGUCCAACCCGCGGAGAACGUCGCCACAGAGCGGCAGCGGGAGCGGCAGCGGCGGCGCGGGCGACCUGUACGCCUCGCCGCUGCUGCGCGAGCAGCUGGACCAGCAGGCGCACCAGACGCAGGCGGCGCUGGCGCAGGCGCAGCUGCUGCGCGACCAGCUCGCCGCCGAGACGGCCGCGCGACUCGAGGCCCAGGCGAGAACGCAUCAGUUGCUGGUGCACAACAAGGAGCUGCUGGACCACAUUGCGGCGCUGGUGGCGGCCCUGCAGGACCAGGAGCGGCUGCACCACCACCAGCAGCAACAGCAGCACCAACAGCAGCAGCAGUUCCAGCAGCAGCAGCAGCAGCCGCAGCAGCUGCAGCCUCCGCACGUCGCAAUGAUGCCACAGCUGCCGCUGCCGCUGCUGUGCGACUACCUGUCGGCGCCGAUGGCGGGCGACUACCAGGAGGCGGAGGCGGCGGCCGCGGCGGCGGCUGCGGCCUACCUGGGAGCGCCCGGGGCGCGCGGCUCGCUGCUUCAGGCGCCGGCCACCGCCUUCGGCUCGCCGUACGGCUACACGCCAGCCGAGCAGCAGCUGCUGCAGCGGCUGCAGGCGCUCAGCCGGUACCAGCAGCUGCUGUACCCGGGCGGAGCGCCGCCGUCGCCGCUGUUCGCGCACCACCAGCUGCAGCUGCAGCAGCAGCGCCUGUCGCAGCCGCCCUCCUACUCCGGCUCCCCGGUACUCGGCCACCGCCAGCCGCACCUCCCUUCGCAGCAGGAGUCGCUGACCCGCUCGUCGCCCUGCGCCGGCGACGACGACUCUUCGCCGCCGACGCCGUCGCAGCAGCAGCAGUCGCAGUUCAUCAAGCCGCUGUCCCAAGUGGGCACGCUGACGACGACGGACGCCGACGGGCGGCUGCGAGUAAUCGUGCCCGUCACCGCCGACGACGCGACCAACCCGGCCGCGACGUUGGCAGCUCUGCGAGUCACUGACGACCAGAGCACACCUCCGCCGCUGCGUCGACCGCUGGCCAACGGCCCUCCGUCCAUUACCCGGUCCACCAGCGAGAAAGUUCCGCACCGCAGCGAGCUCAUGUCGCAAGUGCAGCGGACUGCGUGGGCGCGACACACCACCAAGUGACCCCCGCAGCAGUGCCAGCUACCGGCUAUGAAGGCCUAUCCUCCGGCGCAUCGCGAACGUCGAUUAGCGUAGACUACGCGACAGCGCCGACACUCGCUUCAGUACGUGCCGAAGAUGUGCGUUGUCGCGCUCUCUACUGGUACACUGGAUUUCCCGCAGCUUUGGGGAGAAAAUACAUCGGGGUGCAUCCAGUUCCGUUAACGGUAACCGCAGAUACGGUCCGUGGUCACUGACAGCUUCCUCAGGUCUACUGUAAUUUAGCUGUCCUUGUAUUGCUGUAGAGGUUAUAAAUAUCAUUCCAAAUAGGAAAGGAAUUGACAGAUCGCUUUUCUGCGACUAGUAUCACCAGAAAACCCAUUUAUCCAUGACUUUCACUCUAUAAUGUAUCAUACGAGAUUCUGAAACUUUAAGAUUCACGAGUGGUGACGGACAAGUUCUCAGCCCACCCAAUAAAGUUUGUCAGCUGUCCAAAUGAUUCUGGCUAUUUUUCAGCGUAGCCCCGUUCUGGUGUUACACACUUUUGCCAUAGAUGCUGCAGGCCCAUUAUACCCUCCUUGUAUGUUUCUUCAGCUCAGGGAACAGAUGAAAGUCAGAGGAGGCCAAAUCGUAUGGAUAAGGUGGUUGCUGAACCAGUUCGAAGCCACAGUAGUCGAUGAUAGAUAUCGCAAUGACGGAUGUCUGUGUGGGUGCAUUGUCCUGGUGAAAGAGUACUCGUUUUUGUCACAUCCCAACGCGUUUCACUUCGAUGGUCAACCUCAAACACACUAACUGAGCACCAUAAUAUGCUCGAUUCACUGUUUCACCUUUCUUGAGGUGUUCAGCCAGGCUAACACCCGUCAAAUCCCCCAAAAAACACUGACCAUCAUCUUGCCAGCUGAUGUGACUGACUUGAACUUCUUGGGGAUGAGUGAGGUGGGCUGUCUCACUGUUUCGAUUCACCCUUCGAUUCGGACUGAAAAUGGUGAACCCAUGUUCCAUUUAUUGUUGAAGGACGUUGGAGAAAUGUCACUCUGUCUGCCUCAAAAAGAGUUGAAUUUUCGGCGGAAAUGGCGUUUGUCUGGUGUUUCUUUUCUGCUGUCAACAUUCUUGGGACCAAUCGACGUGUGACCUCGUGUAUGUCAAGUGCAACUCUUAUGACAUGUUCAACACGGUCCUGAGAAAUGCCCACUCUUUCGGUGAUAUAACAUUCUUUCACACACGGUCUGCCAAUAUCAUAUCGUGGACUGCCGUGACGUUUUCCUCCGCUGUAGCCAAUACUGAUCUUCCACUGUGAGGUGCACCUGGGACAGAGGUGUCGCCCUUCUUGAAUUCCGCCACUCACUUUUCCAUUGUGGAACAGGAAAGGAAAUCCUCCUCUAAUAACUUUAACCAACAUGAUCGGGAGGUGUUAUGGUUGAUGAUCAAUUAGGAAAAAAGAUAAAUGAGAGAUUCUGAGAUCCUUACAGUUUUUUUUCUAAUCGAUAAUCCUCCUCUAAUAGUUUCAUCAUGUCAUUAUGGAUCUCCUGUGCAUCAUUCCCUUUUUCAGCAACACUGGAUAACCACACGAAUGUUCUCUUUACCCAUUUUUCAAAGUGUAUGCACCCUGCACACUUCAAACACGAAUAUCUGAAACAACAAAGAAAAUAUAUUCAUGAAAUAUUUUGUAUGUAACCUAGCAAGGGAAUACACUAUUAGCUGCCAAACUGUCAUUCGUCUACGACAAGUAUUUCAUGGGUGGGCCGAUAACUUCUCAGUCACCCUUCGUAUUUAAACUGCGCCAGACAGCGAAAAGUUUCCGUUACAUUUCUCUUAGCCUUAAGGACUGACUUAUACCAUCACGACUUGCUGAUUCAGCAUUCUAUUGCUUUCUGUUGGAACGGUGCUUCCGUUCCUUUUGGUAUAGUCUGAGAGUUCGAAUGGCAACGCAAACACCUGAAUGGCUGCGAUAUCGGCAAGCAUGAACAAUGUGAAAUAUUGCAGGUCCGUGAAUAAAGCCCAAGUCCGUCGUAUUGCUAUAACAAAUCACAGCGCAGGUCGUCAACGAGAGGGUUGCCACCUUGAAUGGCGUAAGCAUGUAAGCUGAACACGACACUGUGCAGGUAGCUUUAUCCCGCUCUGGAGACCUUUAGAUCACGUGACGUUUCGCGACGUGGCGUAGGACGGCGUACCUCCAUUCCACUGCGGUGUGUUAACUGCUCGCUGCGAGUAUGCGGCGCCGCUCGCUAUGCCAGUCGCUGGCUAGAGCACUUCCCAAAGUACAGAGACUUUCAAGAUUACUUUGUUGGUCUAGCACUUCAACGAAAACGGGAAUUGUAAUAUGACUGCAACUGAAUGCGUGCUGAUAUAAUACUUUCAGAGAUGUUGUAACUCCAUGUUGGGCGAGGUGUCGAACUCAGGCCCCGGCCUUUCGCAAGCACUGCUUUUAUGAGAUAUCUAGAUGUAUCUCACGACCUGGCUGACGCCUUCAACCUGGCAGUACAUCUGUUCUGCUUUGCAAAUUCCAGAUAAGUUCUUCAGCAUAUCUUGUUUUGGAAUGUGGAUCAGAGGUCCUGGCACGCUUUAGUUAACGAAAGUGGCCGUGAGAUACGGCUGGAUAUAAGGCACUGUAGGAAAACUGCCCGCAAAACGAAAGAAUUCGGCUUCUAGACGUAGUCCGUCAUUCAGCUAUAAUCAAGAAGCUCCAGAAUGUGUAUCUUCAGUACCGAAAUUUCUGAAGUAAAUAAUGCACGUCUUUGUUACUGUCGUACAUAACAAUGUACUGGACAGACCACAGUAAUUUCUGGCACUAACAACAACACCAUCAUACAGGUCAACUGAAAUUCCCAUUUAGAGAGCAACGUGGUACAUAAUCUAAACAUAACUCACUACUACGCGACGCUCUGAAUCGACUCUCACAGCUUCGAUAACGAACUGUCAAUCGCUUUCGUAUUUGAAAUGGGCCGUAAGGCAGAGUGACGUUCAGCGAAACCCUCCUUUCUCAACGUGAUGAGAUCCCACGAAUUCGGAAUGUCUUUUUUCCCGUCCGCGCUAGUUUAGAUAGAACUUGAUAUUUUUUAGUCCGGACAGCUUUUUGAUGCUCACUUCAGUUGCUCAUAUUGAAGCUGCUUAACAUUCCAUCACUAGUAUUUGUCAAGUGACAUACGCAUGAACACAGACAAGUCAGGAGACGUUAAUAAUCAGACUGUAACAGACCGUGAUUACAUCAUUCCUAAUGCGGAGGAACUGCUAAAUACUGCGUUUUAUUCCAUCAGAGAGCAAUCCUUGUUUGUAAUGAGUAUUACCUCAGGCCAAGUAAGGUCAACCAUACACGAAAUGUCACUAUCGAUAAGCAAACAGUACUCGAGUAAUCAGUUGUAAAAACUAGGAAAUAGUAUUCUGGUGGGAAAAUGAUGAAACUGCUGGGUGCAAUCGCUUCCCUUAUAAGAGACCAUACAGUUCUGUAAUUGAUAACAUAUAGGUACUACCAACACAGUAUGGCGCAAUGUGUUACUGUUUUCGUUGCUUUGAAGCAGGUUGAAUUUUAAUCGAAGGAGAAUAUCGUGACACCAAACAGUUUUAUGUUCAUGUUUACUUAAGAAUCAAUCAUUAAAACAUCGUUUCUACCUGUGGAUCAGGGACGAGUAGAGUGCAAUGUCUUAACACAACAAUAGCUUCAUGUAACUGAUUGUUACUGUUAUAAAUACAUGUUCUAUAUUAAGUUGAUUACACAGUCAUGGAAUCCACAAAUUAAGACAUGAUAAGCACGUUUUAGAUUUAACAGCCUACUUAAACACUGGUCGACGCUGAAGCCUGCAUACGUAAAUGUUCAAAGACAUUAUUACUUGUUUUUCAUGCUGAUGUUGCUCUUCAAUAUUCAGCAUCAAUUACCAGGACAUUUCAAGAUGUUGCAGGCAACAGUAACAAGAAGUUGCCGAAGCCACCGUUGCGGUGCAAUACCUAAACACUCGAAAAGAAAAGCAAGACAAGAAGUUGUCGAAGCCACCGUUGCAGUCCAAUACCUAAACACUCGAAAAGAAAAUCAAGACGAAACAUAAGCAAAGGAUUCUAGAUACUGUACUGUGACCUAGGAAUUUCAUGCCAAAUUAAUCAAUGCAAACUAUUUUUUGUAUUUUUUAACUUUUGUUUCCAUUCUCACAUUUUCAUCUUACAGAAUUUAAGACACUAUAAAGUGUGAGAUACUACAUAUACUGAAUGUUAAGUUACUGCCAAAGUGGAGAGAUAACCGAGAUACAAUUUAUAUUAUUGUUGUGACAGUUUCAAAUUUUGACGUUAAAAUAAUAACGACUAUACGAAGGCAUAAUGUUCUCAAGAAAUAUGUGCUGAUGUAUCAGCAUCAUCAAAUGAGACUUGUUCCGACUGCAGUUGAUGUUGUACGUUCCUUAGGCCUGAACACUUUUGUAUUUGUUGAAUUUUGCCUACGUCACGUACUUUGUUUCACGAAACUGUGUAUACGGACUACAAGGUAAAUCUGUAAUUCCUUUAGCUCUCUUGGCAAAAUCUGUGGACCAUAUGGAGAAAUCACUCGUUGGAAAAACGACGUAAUUUCUUUUCGUCUGUCAAUAUCUGGAAUUUGUUUGUAUCAACACGAUGAAACCCACCUCCAAACCACCUAUAAUCGCUAACAAUAAAAAUAAUAUUUUUGUA